AUGAAUGAAAAGGAAAUGGAAAUGGAAGUGGAGUUGGGGAGUGAAAUUGAAGACGUGAAUGAAUCAUUGCUGUGUUGUGACCCGUUGCUUUCGGGUGGAGAAAUGAAUGGAAAGGAUCGAGAAACUUUGGAUUUUUCGAAUGGAAAGGAGUGCAAACUGGGGAAAUCAGGGAGUGAAAUGGAGAAUCAGAGUGAAAAUGACCAAAAUAGAAAUGAAUUUGAAAGUGAAAAUCAUCCAAAUGAAUCGAAUGAAAAGAAAAAUGAAAUUCAUCCAUGUGAAAAAAACACAACAAAUACAAAACAAUCGUACGAUUACAAACAAAUCAUCCUUCCAAAAAGGGAAAAGUGGAAACCAUUGUUUGCGGAUGGAGAGAUUUUGUAUCGUCGAUUUCUUUAUUCUAUAAAGCCACCUUCACGUGAUAGUGUUGUAUUGAAGGAUCUAAUGAAAUCGUAUCAUUUGCCCUGCUGUCAUUACGAUGAUUUGGUGACGAUGAAGGAAUUCAAUACAACCGAAGUGUUGAAUGAAUUGGAACAUGAAAUUGAAUUGAAGGGGGAGCAAACCAAACAGCAAAGCGAAAAUCGAAUCGAAUUCUGGAAAGAGAUCCUGGGCUCGGCUCCGAUUCCUCGCUUUCGCCGUUUUGUGUACUCAAUCAAACCUCCCAUCAUUCCAAAACAAGCUUCCUCUCCUCCACCAAUCGAACCCACAGAAUUUCAAUCCAGUUUAAACUCGUCUACCCUUUUAAACUCAUCAAUCACUCAAUUCUCACAAAAUGAAACGCCUCCCCCAAGUCUUCGAUUGAUGAGCAUUGAAUUGUUGUGUGAGAGCACAGAAACUGCAAAGCCAAAUCCUAAAACAGACCCGAUUUUGGGAGUUUUUUAUUCCUUUUCAACAACGGAUCUUCAUAACAACGAUAAUACGCCAAUUCAGUGUGGAAUCAUUUACAGUUCUCUCUUUUUUCUCUCUGCAUUAGCGGUAGAUUCACUUGCAUUCAGUUCCACGUUUCCACCUUAUUUGUGCAAAUCGUUUCAUUCCAUCCAAUUUGUUAAGGAAGAAAGCGAGUUGUUGCUGGCUCUCAUCAACGUUGUUUUGUCCUUCAAUCCCGAUUUUAUUGUGGAAUAUGAAAUGCAACGCGAUUCGAUCGGGUAUUUGAUUGACCGCUGCGAACAUUUGGGAGUUCCCGUUCUUUUCCUUCUUUCGCGAUGCCCCUUUUCUCUGAUUCAUCAAGACGUUCAUCGGAAUUCAAAUUUGUUCCAUUCGUUCUACAUCGAUCCAGAAUAUAACGAAUAUCGUUAUGAUGGAAAAGCAAACUUCGAGCAAUGGGGAUAUCAAACAAACGGCGUAAUGAAUGUGAAUCCUGCCAACACGAAAUACAAUCAGCAAAAAUCAAGCACGAUUUCAAUGAAUGGAAGAUAUGGUUUUGAUUUAUAA